AUGGAGGACCAGCUACUCCAGCUGCUUGCGGCUACCGCACAGGCCGACCAGAAUCAGCGUAUCAGUGCCGAGAUAGAGCUCAAGAGAGCCCAGACGAACCCGGCAUACUCGGUGUCCCUGGCCAAGAUUGCCUCCCACACCUCAGUCGACAUUGCCACGCGCCAGCUGGCCCUCAGCACUUUGCGUCUUUUCAUUGAGAACAACUGGUCGAGUGAUGAUCCUGGCUCCGAGCCUCCCAUUCCCAUUGCCGAAGAUACCAGACAGCUCGUUCGGCAGGCUCUCCUGGACCUGGCCCUCAGCGCCGAAGAUGAUCGCAAAGUCAAGAUUGCUGCUAGUUACGCCGUCGGAAAAAUUGCGAUUCACGACUUCCCCGAAGAGUGGCCUGCCCUCCUCCCCACCGUUCUGGCCGUCUUCCCCAACGGCAACGACUCUCAGCUACAUGGUGCUCUCCGAGUCCUCGGCGACCUCGUCGAAGAGAGCUUGAGCGAAGAUCAGUUCUUUACCAUGGCAAGAGAUAUUGCCAGCACCCUUACUCAGGUUGCCAUAAGCCAGGACCGCAAGCCUCUCAUCAGAUCUCUGGCCAUCUCUGUCUUCCGGGGCUGUUUCGACCUGAUGAACAUGGUCAAGGAGGACCAUGCUACUGAAGUUAACGCCUUUGCCGAAGAGCUUCUUAAGGAUUGGAACCCCUUCUUCCUCAAUGUUCUCAAGAGCCCACUUCCCGAAGCGGAUGCUAGCACUGGCGCCCAGCCCACGGAGUGGAAUAGCGUCAUCUCCCUCAAGCUUCAAGUUGUCAAGACGUUGCUCCGCAUCCGCCGAGUCUUUCCAAACCUCUUGCUCCCUCAGAGCGCUACUCUCUUCACCGCUGUUUGGGAAGAACUCAUCACCUUGCUGCCCAGCUACGAAUGUCUCUACAUUGACAAUGAUGCCCAGGGCCGCCUCGAAGAUGUCGACAAUCUUCCAUACACUCUGGACUUCUUGGUCCUUGAAGAGCUCGACUUCUUGAAUCAGUGCUUCCGUGCUCCUCCCGUCCAAGCAGAGCUUGAUGGACAGCUCAAGGCUCACCCAAAUGCCCAUGAAGUACCUUGGAUGGUGGAUAUCAUGAAGCUCCUCGUAGGCUACUCGCGUGUUAUCCAUGAAGAAGAGGAACUCUGGGAUAUCGACUGCUCUCUCUACCUGGCAGAAGAGACGUCGGUUACCGCCAACUACACUGCGCGAACUGCGGCUGGAGAUCUGCUCAUCAAGAUGGGGGAAUGGUUUAAUGAAAAGACCAUCGACGGGCUGUUUGGCUACACCAAGGCCUUGUUUCCCAGCGGGGGCUGGAGAAGCCAGGAAGCCGCCCUGUAUCUCUUUGUCAUGCUGGCAGGAGACUUCCAGGACGUGGAUAAAGAGAUCCCCGAGGUUGUGGCUCACGCAUAUCUCGAGCUUGUUGACUAUGCCAUUAACCGAGCUGAAGAGCCACUCCUCCGUGCUCGUGGCUACCUCCUUGCCGGAAUUCUUGGUCGCUCCUACGACCCUCCCACCGCUCUUCUCGACCGAGUCAUCAACUCCAUCAACGCCGAGGAGUCGGAAGUCGUCAAAGUUGCUUGCGUCAAGGCAAUCAACGAUCUCAUCGACGCAGGCAAGGUUCCUGAGGACCGUCAGCUCUCCAUCAUCAAUGCCGUCCAGACAUACAUGAACGGUAGGGAUCCCGAGGAGAUGGAGGAGGCUGAUGAGUUACUUGUGACAUUGACUGGCGCCGUUCGCGCUGCCAUUAGCCUCGACCACCAAAUUGCCCUGUCGGCCGAGGUCCGCGCUGUCGAUCUUCUCUUCCUGCUCGCCAAACUUGGAUCGAGUAACUUUCAGGUCUCCAUUCUCGUCAGCGAGGCUUUUGAGGAACUUGUCAUUAGCCUGUCCGACCAUGAUUCCUUCUCCCGCCUCUCUGCCAUUGUUAUUCCGACCCUCACUGCAGCAUUCGAUGUUGGCGACGUCACUUCUGAUAGCCCCCUCGUCUCAAUCGCCGCUGAGUUGCUCGCUGUCGUGGCCGAGAAUGCCCCCAGCCCGCUGCCCGAGGGCUUUAUUGCUGCUACCUUGCCAAAACUCAGCACGUUGUUGAUGCAAUCCAACGAGGGUGACAUCCUUAGGUCUGGGUCUCGCACCGUCAAGUUUCUGCUUAUGCAUGACCAUCAACAAGUUCUAAGCUGGCAGGAUGCUAGCGGUCGGUCUGGUCUUGAAGUCUGUCUUCACAUUAUCGAUCGCCUACUCGGCCCCGCCGUCGAAGACAACUCUGCCUCUGAGGUCGGUGGUCUAGCGGCCGAGCUUGUGGAGAAGGCCGGCCAAGAACGCCUGGGACCUUUCCUUCCGCAGUUACUCCAGGCUGUCGCGAACCGUUUGGCCGUCGCCCAAGCGGCUGCCAUUAUUCAAUCCCUAAUCCUUGUCUUCGCACGCCUCUCUCUUAACGGCGCUCAGGAUGUUGUUGAGUUCUUGAGUCAGAUCCAGAUCAACUCCGAAGAAAGUGGUCUGCAAAUCGUCAUGUCAAAAUGGCUAGAAAACUCUGUCAGCUUUGCUGGCUAUGAUGAAAUUCGCCAAAAUGUCAUCGCGCUGUCUAAGCUAUUUGCAUUGAAUGAUAAUCGUCUUGCAGAGAUCCCUGUCAAAGGUGAUUUGAUUGUAGAUGAUGACGGGAUGAUUAAGACACGCUCGCGCGCUAAGCAACACCCUGACGAGUAUUCAAUUAUCCCUGCCCAGCUCAAAAUCAUCAAAGUUCUGAUUGAGGAGCUGUUGUCUGCCUCUGGAAGCCGCGCUACUGCCAAUCUCGCCUCGGCAGCUGUGGCUAACGAUGCGCUACUCGGUGAAGACGACGGUGAAGACGGCUGGGAAGACGACGAGACGCUUGACUUGACACUCAACUCCGUUAAGGGUGACCUGAUGUCGUUUAUGGAGAAUGGCGGCCAGCGCCAGCGUGAUGACCAGACCCAGGCCUACCUCGCAGAUUUCUUUAUCCGCGCUGCUCAGGAAGACAUUGGCCAGUUCAACCAGUGGUACCCCAAACUCUCGGAGGAGGAACGCCAGAAGCUGCAUGAACUGGCAAACACGGCACAGUAG